AUGUCUGCUAUAGUAAACUCAUCUUCCUCAUCGGUAGACCCAAAUCUACUUUCUGGAGCCGCAGCUACAGCGUCGGCGUCCUCAUCUUCCCUGAUCAUGUCACUCGUCCUUUACCUUCGUCAAAAUCUUUCUAUUUGGUCCAUCCUCCUUACUUCUUUCUUAGCUCUUAUUGUCUAUGACCAAAUCUCUUAUGUUAUUAAAAAGGGCUCUAUUGCCGGACCUCGCUUCAAAAUGUGGCCCAUCAUUGGUCCCUUUCUCGAAUCAAUGGACCCCAAAUUCGAAGAAUAUAAAGCAAAAUGGGACUCAGGCCCCCUAUCUUGUGUCUCGGUCUUUCACAAGUUUGUCGUCAUUGCAUCAACAAGAGAUUUGGCUCGCAAAAUUCUUAACUCUCCAGCCUUUGUUAAACCUUGCGUUGUUGAUGUUGCAAUUAAAAUCCUCAGACCAACUAAUUGGGUCUUUUUGGACGGCAAGGCCCACGUCGAUUACCGCCGUUCCCUUAAUGGCCUCUUCACACGCAAGGCUCUUUCUGUUUACCUCCCCAACCUUAACCAGGUUUAUGAUCGCUACUUGGAUCUUUUUGUUCAAACUUCUAAAGAUGGGCCAGUCCCAUUUAUGCCUCUCUUUCGCGAAAUUCAAUGUGCAGGCUCUCUUCGCACCUUUUGCGGUACUUAUAUCACUGAUGAUCAAGUCAAAAGUAUCUCGGACAAUUUCUACCGUAUCACUGAAGCCCUCGAGCUCGUGAAUUUCCCUAUUAUUCUCCCCUUUACAAAGGCCUGGUACGGUAAACGUAUGGCCGAUGAAACCAUGGCUAUUUUUGAAAACUGUGCAGCCAUGGCUAAAAAGGCUAUGGCUGCUUCAGGCACCCCAGAAGUUACCUGCACUAUGGAUGCCUGGGUUAAGCUUAUGCUUGAAUCAAAGGAACUGCUCAAGGAUGACCCCAAGGGCGAAAAACUUACUCCGGAAGAACGCCGUAACCUUGUGCGCGAAUUCACCAAUCGUGAAAUCUCUGAAACUAUCUUCACCUUUUUAUUUGCUUCCCAAGAUGCUACAUCUUCUGCCACCACUUGGCUUUUCCAGAUCAUUGCUGAUCGCCCAGAUGUUUUGCGCAAAAUUCGUGAGGAACAACUCCGUGUCCGUGGCCCCGAGCUUAAGGAGGCCGACCUCGACAUGGUUGAUCAAAUGGAUUACACCCGUAUGGUAGUUAAGGAGGCUCUUCGCUACCGUCCCCCAGUCACCAUGGUCCCUUAUGUUGUCAAGAAACCAUACCCUAUUUCUGCAGAUUACACUAUCCCUAAGGGCUCCAUGGUUAUUCCAACUCUUUACCCUGCACUUCAUGACCCAGAGGUUUAUGAUCAACCUGAUGAGUUUAUCCCUGAGCGUUGGGUCGAGGGCUCUAAGGCUUGCCAAGCAAACUCCAACUGGUUGGUCUUUGGCACUGGCCCACACGUAUGCCUUGGCCAGAAUUAUGUUUUUAUGGGUCUUGUCUCGUUGUUUGGCCGCGCGGCUCUCUACUACGAUUGGAAGCACACCGUUACCCCUUUGUCUGAGGAAAUCCGUGUGUUUGCUACCAUUUUCCCUCAAGAUGAUUGCAUUCUGAAGUUUACAAAGCGUGAUGAUCCCACCGUGGUUUAA